UCGCCAUAGCCAUCAUUUUUAAACCAGCAGUAUGCGUUACUGUAUGUUUUGUACACAUCACUGUUAUCAAUGUUAUCGAUAUUUAAGACUUGGUCAUCCUUCAUCUUCAACAUAGGAAAGAAAGAAUCUGUCUUAGAUCAGAACCCACUCUAACCUCCCCGUUUUCACUCAAUAGUUUACACCGUCGAAGUCUGAGAGCAGGUUUCAGCUUAGCUCCCAGAGCAGGCUUGCCCUCCACUUCUCUCUCCCACUUUUUCCUCUUUGAAUCAUUUACUGUCAUCUGAUAUUUUACAAGUCAUAUUUUCACCACUAAUCUUGUCCCGUCCUAAAGCCAACAUUGCUUAGUAACCAUUCCACCCCACAUUUCCCGGCCCUUCUGUAGUUCCGUGGGGCUACAUGGCCAGUUGUAGUUAGUAGCAUAUAAGCAAUGCAUAUAAACACUAAAGUUUUCAACACCAUCAAUAUUAGCACCACCAUCUGGGACCCAAACGUGGGAACUGUAGGGGGUGUUUGGAUUCAAAGCACACCACUGUCUUCAUGUACUGGACAUGUAAUGGUGAAUAACUUGCCUUUUGAGUUCACUCUAUCACUUCCUGAGGAUAACUUACACACACAUAUUUCAUUCAGUUUUUAUUUUAUAUUCGUGUGUCUGCCUGGAUGUAUGUCUGUGUCCACAGGAGCCAGAAGAGGGCGUCAGAUACUCUGUGAUUGGAAUCACAGACAGGUGUGGGCUGCCAUGUGUGUGCUGGGAAUCAAUCCCAGGUCCUCUGGAAGAGCAGUUGGUGCUCUUUAACUGUUGAGUUGUAUAAAUCUGAUGUGUAUUUCUGAAAACUUGCUGGACUGUGGUUCACGGGGCUAAACGUUCUAUGGGUGAUGUCACAGUACCCAAGAAGGUUCUAAAGUUCCUUCUGAGCUCUUACUCAGCCAUGCUGGCCACUCUGUGGCUGGUUAGUCUUUCUCUUCCCAUGCUGUGGGCCCAGAAACUAAUCAACUGUCCCUACAAGAAUGUGUGCCAGUACGCCCUGCUCUCGGGCAAUGACGUGAUCCUGGAGUGUAACCACCACAAAGCAGUAUGGUAUUUCCAUUCAUCUCUGGAGGACAAACUGUCCAAGCUCAACUCCAUGCCUAAUGUGAAGAUACUGCCUGGGAGCAAUCUGCAGUUAUCCAACCCUCAGCCCUCCCAGACAGGGCUCUACCGCUGCCUAGAUGGUCACAUGACCCGUGUGGUGGAAUAUGAGAUUGACUUUCAGGAUAUAGCUCUGCUGCAUAUCACACACAAAGACCUGGGCCAAAAGCCCAUGGGAAACGAGACCAUGAACCUAGGAGGCGAGGUACUCGUUUUUACCCGCUGGGAUCCUUGGCAAGAUUGUAACUGUUGCGAAAAGCCUGGUGAGCGCAAACGUCUAGGCUACUGCUAUGUGGAGGAGUCCCUAGGAAAAUCCAUGCCCUGCUGGCUCUACUUGAGAGGGGAGAAGGUGACCCACAGCCGCCUGCAGCCUGAACUCCAGCUACAAGCCUGCCAUGUGCCCUGUGACAUCGCCACAGAAAUCAACCAGCCGUACUUCGUCUUUGACACUCAUCAGCUGGACAAAAACACCAACUAUGAGUGGCUCAGCUGUCCUUUGGCUUCCAUCUACAGGCCUGUGCGCUGGGAAGCCAACAGCAUCCCCCUGACCUGGCGGGAGCAGCUCUCGGGCCAGGACCUCAGCAGCUUCAUGGACCUGUACAGCGGUGGCCGGCAGCUGCAGAUCUUCCAGCCAGCCGUUUACAGAUGUUUUGUGCAGCAGGAACUGAUAGCCCAGUUCAACCCCAUAGCCUCCGUGGAUCUGCUGGGGGCUGAGAGUCAAUCCAAACGCCCAGGGCAGCGGCAGUUCGGCAAGGCAGACCCGGUCCUCAGGGGCCUGCAGCUCGUCCUGCUGAUGGUCUCUGUGCUGGUUGUGGGAGGGCUUCUCUGUAAGGUGGUCUUCCGUCCCAUCCAAGGCAAGAAGAAUCAGGUCCUCCUGGUGAAGUAAGCUGAGCCCUCUGGACCCAAGGCGACCUGUUCCCUCUCCACUGUCUCAUCCUUAGCUCUAGCCAUCCGUGGCAGCCUCACACUAGCCCCCGGAGGUGUGUGAGCCAACACAGACCUGGAUUAAAAUCUAAUGGCCACGUCA